CCGGUCGGCGGUGCGGAUCACAGUCUGUGCAUGUCGGUCGUCAAGCGCGGUCGGUCGCGCUCGCCGCGGCACCAUGUCGCGACUGUACGCGUUGUUGGUGCUCGUGGCGUUUGACUCACUCGUGUGUGCGGACACUUCACUCGGACUGUGUAACCGGUACAAAACUUUCUGCGAGUGUGUCCCAGCUGCUCACCCGUCAUGGACUAUUGUCAACUGCACGGUGCCCCGUGAUCAGACAAUAGAUAUUUUGGAAGGAGAUUUGCCCGAAUCCACGACUGACCUCAUAGUGACGGGAGCAGAAAGUGUCCUUUUUGGCGCGAACUCCUUGGCAAAACUACAAGAUGCGAGGCAUAUUUACCUAUCUGGUAAUAGAGUCGUGCUGAUGAGGAAGUUCGCAGCCAUUAAUCUCAACGUCAUCAGCGUGUACCUUGAAAUUGAGAAGAGCGACAUCCUGCGUAUAGAGGAAAGCACCUUCAGUAACAUCAAAGGGCCUCUUUCGGUAUCCAUCAGAGAUUGCGACUACGUUAAAGUGGAAGGAACAGCAUUUUCCUGGCUACUGACCAUGAGUAUUUCUAACGUUCGACAACUACAACUGGACUCUAGAGCAUUUAAGCUCGACCGCUCAGCGGCCAACGUCGGAGAGCACGGGCCAGGAAUGACGAUCGAGUUAAAAAACCUGACGAUACCAGAAUUUCCUGAAGAGGCAUUCGGGUCCUCUGCUGCUGGGAUUACUAUGGAGGGCAUUGAAGUUCGUGCGUUGAAGACCAGAUCAUUUUCAGCAAACACUUAUAACACUGUUAUGGCGGUCAAUUGCUCAUUUGCUCUUAUAGAAAGGGAUGCCUUUGCCCAAAACUCCCUUAUCAACAACCUUCACUUCUACGGGUGCAAAGUACAUCAAAUAUCAACAAAAGCUCUCCUAUCAGCUGUCGCUAGCCUGAAUAUUUCUCAUACUAGAUUUGACAUUAUCGACACGGGGGCCAUAAACGCUACUAUUGUUGCGGUCGUCAUUCAGGACAGCAAGUUUUACAAAUUCAUGGAAAAAGGCUUCGUUAUUUCUUCCUGGAACAAAAUUCAAAUGGAACGCAACAGUUUCGACGAACUACCCACACAUGCUGUAGUGGCUACAAGCGCAUCUGUUAAAGAACUGGUGUUUUCUGAAAAUGAAAUAGAGACAGCAAACGCCGAGAGUCUGAUGUUUAUCGGCCAUGCUUACGCUAAUUCUGCCCAAAAUGUAGUCUAUAAAAACAAUUACUUCGGUACACCAUGCCAUUGUAACAUAACUCCAUGGCUUGUGAAAGUGUUGGAUGUGAGCACGGAAGAUGCGUUUAUUUCGCAGAGUUACUGUACCGUUGAUGAAUUUUUUGCUCGAUGUUUCAACGAGCCGGAACAAAAUAUGUUAUUCAAGAAAUUUUUGGAUAGUGUUUGUAAUAAAGACCCUAGCAUUAAAUGUGAGCAAUAUAGGAGUAAAAAAGAAGGAAAUGCUGUUGAAAUUAAAAAUCCCAGAUUCCCUCACAAAAGUAACAGUCAAAGUGGUUUGAGUGAUAGAGAUAAAAAAGUGAUCGGCAUAGUUAUAGUUACCGCUUUGGGAUGUGCAAUAAUUGCAAUGUUUGUAAGCUUUAUAAGGUGGAUGAGACGAAAAGGGUACUGUGUUACAGUGAAAAAUUUUUUGAUAUCUUCAAACUCGUCAUGUGGAACGUUUUGCGAUAGAUUCUGUGCCUGCGGUAUGAACUCUGGACUUGACAACGCGGGUUCUAUUUCUCAAUUAUCAGUAAACGAAUAUUCCGAACGCCAUCGACUCAACGAACCUCGAGCGCAAGACUUAAUUCAGGAGACAACUCUUCCCGACAUGUACACAGAACAAGUGGUACCUGUAGAAGACAAGACCACGCAAACAUUACCAGAAGAACUGACGAAGGAGCUUUUAGAAACUUUAAAAGAGAAAUUAGAAGAUCCUGAAAACUAUGUUGAAGCUCGUGAAAUGAUAGAGCAUUUAUAUGAAUUAAUCAAAGUGGAAGAGAGUUGCAAUACUAACACGCCAACCUCGAUGCCUGUUGAUGAAAACAUAUACGAACUGCCGUUCCAAAAUACUACACCAAGGAUUGGCAAAAACAAGAAACAGAUGAUCAGUGUCGGUACAAGGACACCUUCACUAGAUAAAUUAACACCUCUUUCUCCAUAUAACAGGCAGACAGCCCUAGCUCACGAAUACUUCGAACCUAAAGAUUUUGCGGUUCAUUUAUAUGCCGAAAUAGCCAAUUGCGACAAGGAUAAAAAGUCAUUAUUGGGUGUCAUGCCUGAUGUUGUCGGUGAGCAAGCAGUACCUCGCGGACCGUAUCUACGAGCUGUUCGCGAAAAAAUACAUUCAACGGCUGCGUCUCCGAGUAAAUCCUUAAGCAACUCGGCAAGUAGUCCACAACACUCUUCCACUAUAAAAUCAAACAAGUCGACAGCAUCCAACUCAUCCGGGAAGAUGAUCAAUCGACCAUUGCCCGAAAAGCCAAUAAGUUUAGACUCCGGCGAGGGUACCUCUUUCAAACAUGGGUGAGGGUAGGGCGAGGAGCUGUCGAUGCUGGUGAACACGGACGCGGCCCGCACAGAGCGCCGCUCUGUUGCGCUGCAGCAGCAGCUCCAAUUUGCUCCCGAACAUAUAGACUUCUACUGGAGUCUGGAUCCGUGCGUGACGAGUUAAGCGUGGAACACUUACGACUAAAAGUACGUGCGCGCCAAAGCUUAUGCGAUUCUUUGCCUGUGAUAUUAAUUUUGUUUAAUUGUAAUUAUUUCAAGGCCAUGCAAAUAAGUCGUGCCAGACAUGGUCGUAUGUUUAUUUGUAUAUAAUUAUAUUAAGACUAAUCAAUUAUUUAGAUAAGGCUGUCACGAAUCUAUGUUCUGAAGUUGGUUAUGUUAUAAGGAUUUAUUAUAGCUACCAUCACUGUAUAGUGUGGAUGCUACCCUAGCUAUAUAAUGACUAUGCUAAUGUUUAUAAGCCAAUGAAAUAAGUGUUCAAUGUAGCGGCCAUAAUACCGGCUCAGUGGGCUACUACAACUAACCACCAUACCAUAUGUGACGUUAUCAUACAAGAGGUAACCCAUUGUCAGUUACUAAUAAGACAUUACUGCCAUAAGUAAUAAAUUAUAUAUGCCCCUUGUCAAUAAUCGAAAAUGGGUUACCUUUUUAAAGAAAACCAAUAAAAUACUUUCACUGCGUACUAAAUAGUGGGUAGAUAAUGUCAGCCAUUGCCGAGUAACAAGGAAGCACUAGGUCAGCAGUAUUAACCCUUAAAAAAGCUGUGAAAAUAUGUACAUUGAUACGUGUAGAUACGUAUUCUAAAAUGUCUUAUUCUGGACACCUAUUCUGGUCCAAAACGAAGUGAUAAAAUUGCUUGUAAAUUUUAUUUUAAUAAUAUGUCUAUUUAUCACUCACAGUAACUAAAUAAUGCUUACUAUUUUUAAUUGUAGACGUGAUACAUAUACACUGUUGCCAUAAACAAAAUAUUUUAUAAAUUAUUGAAUUACGUUUAAGAGGCCUACUUGUUUCGUCCCUAAGGUUAGUGACUUGCUUUGAUGUAUGUAGACAUACACCGAGGUGAUUCCAUAAGUGGUCCAUUAUACAUGAAGCACCUACAAUACCCUAUGUAGGCUAAAUUGCAUUUCCAUGAUUGUAACUUAAGUAAAUGUAACAAGUAAUUAAUUAUGUGAAAAGAUAUACUGAAAAGUCGAUUAAUAUCAUAUCGUUAGUCGGAUUGUGUACAUACGUAAAUAAAGACCGUACAUUCAGUUUA